UUUAUGAUUUUUUUCUAAAUUUAGUGUUUGUAUACAGAACGAAAAAUAAAACAGAAGAAAAAUAACCAAAGUGUAAAUCAAGUUCAAUAUGAUAAAAAACUGAUUUCAUGAAGAUGGAGUUUUUCUUUGUGUAUUUCAUUUUUCAAACAUAUUGUUUAAACACAGCUGACGCUGCUCCUAUUAAAUCAGUGAACUUGCAAACAGAUCCUUUUUAUUUGAUAGAAAAGGCAAACGAAGGGGUAAAGAAUCUUGAGGAUACUGACAUUGGUAUUAGAAAAAGUCACCGCCAUAGAAGAGCUGUUUUAAUAGACGAGUAUUGGGAAUGGAUCAAUGGAACAGUGCCAUAUGUUUUUGAUACUGUCAAACCUGUCCAAUCGUCAAUGAAGAACAUGACUCUGGAUGUAUUCAAACAUAUUGAAAACUACACAUGCAUCAAAUUUGUGCAAAGAACUACAGAAGAAGAUUAUGUCAAUAUAACAGACGGAAUAGGAUGUUGGUCCUACUUGGGGCGUACGAGGGGAAUGCAAGAGCUCGUAUUACAAAGCCAAUGUGAGAAUUUCGAAGUGAUUACACAUGAAGUUCUGCAUGCACUUGGAUUUCUGCAUGAACAUAAAAGACCAGAUCGGGACAAUUAUGUGACGGUUAAUUACACUAACAUCAGAGAAGGAGCAGCAUCAUCGUUUGAUAUUUACAAUGUGACCGAUUUUAAGGGAAUCUCUACACAGGGUUUAAGUUACGAUAAACAAAGCGUGAUGCAUUAUUCUAGAUUUGCAUUUACAAUUUGGUCUGAAAAUGGAGUAGUGACAUACGCGCAGAAAUAUAUGACAGUGUACUCGAAUGAAGAUUUUGACGAAGUCUUAAGUAGUACGAAUGGAUUGAGUUAUUUAGAUAAAGUGAGAAUAAAUAUGCGAUAUGAAUGCAAUAUCACAAUAACAAAUCCUGUAGAAAUAACAACAACAACAGCAACAACCACCACUGUGUCUACUGCAACAACCAAAACAACUUCCCCAAGUGUUACUACAACUAAAAGUGCCAGUACUUCCGAGAGUUUAGAAAGCUCGGGAGCACCAAUUUCAUCGGCCACGACUGUCACUGCAAUUCAAGCUACUACAACAGCAGAAACAAUAACAACAACAACAACAACAUCGGAUAAUCAAGUCACGACAACGAAUUCAACAUGUGGAAAUCUGACUAGUGUUUGUGAGUGGGGAAAAUCUGAACCAGACUCUUCAAGUUGUAUCUCGACCUCCUUUUAUACAGUUCUGUUUUUAAUUUUCAGUGUCUAUAUAUUUGUGUAAGCACUUUUUAAUAGUAAAUAACACUUGUAUAUAAUAUUUAAAUUUUGUUAUGUAAAGAAUGACAAAAUAAUACUUAAGAAUAAUACACACCAUAAAUAACGUAAAAAAAAUGAUACCUUG